UAUCCUGUGAAGUGUCUACAUCUGCUGCAGUCCCCGGAGUGUCUUUUGAACCAAACGACUCGGACGUCAUGCGCCGACUUCGGCCGUGAGCAAGUGAUGCUCCUUACGAAUUAGGUAGGUGGCAUUGAAAAAUGAUGCGACUCCACCAUUAUGAGCAAGAGGUAAGGUAUUCUUCUUCCCCCCUCAUUCUCUACUCCUAGGUAUCAUUCAGUACAAGGACAUAAUCGUCCUCUCCCUACCGACCUCAUCCACCUCUUCCUAGCUUCCGCCGCCACCCAACUCCAUCUCCACCAUUCGUUCGCAAACCUCCCUCCUCUCCCGCCUCGUCUCCCUCCGAGACCACCUCCCCGCCUCAAUGCCUCUCAACACCUCCGCCUUCCACCCCCACGAACACCAAACCUUCGCCGCCUUCCCCUCGCGCCGCUCCGUCGUGCACAGCACCAAAGGCAUCGUCGCCUCCACCCAACCCCUCGCCACCCAAUGCGGCCUCGAAGUCCUACGUAAAGGCGGCAAUUGCGCCGAUGCGGCCGUCGCCGUCGCGGCCGGGCUGAACAUGACUGAGCCGGGCAGCACGGGCAUCGGCGGCGACAUGUUCUGCUUGUUUUACGAGGCGAAGACGAAGAAGGUGCAUGCUUUGAAUGGGAGUGGGCGCGCGGGAAAGAAUUGCGAGUUGGAGACGAUUCGGGGUGAUUUGGGGUUGAAGAAGGGCGAGAAGGGCUCGAUUCCGUUGCAUAGUGUGCAUGCUGUUACUGUGCCCGGUGCUCCAGCAGGUUGGGUGGAUACGGUCGAGAGGUUUGGGAGUGGGAAGCUGAGUAUGGAGGAAGUGCUGGCGCCGGCGAUUGAGCUUGGGGAGGCUGGGUUUCCGGUCAGCGAAUUGAUGGGGUAUCAGUGGAAAUCCUCUGAGAAUCUCUUGCGGCGGGCGUCUCCCAAUGGCGCGGAGAUGUUGAAGAAGGAUCCCAAUGCGAAAGAUGGUUGCAGGGCGCCGCGGGCGGGCGAGAUUAUGAAGAACCCGACGCUUGCUCGGACUUUCCGCACCCUCGCGAAAGAGGGCAAGGCUGGCUUCUACACCGGUCGUAUUGCGGAGGAGCUCGUCAAGGUCACCAAGGAUCUCGGCGGUCAUCUCACUUUGGAGGAUCUGAAGAACCAUAUGGACUUGGGCACGGAGACGACCGAGCCUAUCAGUCUCCGAUUCCGCGCGCAGGACGUUGGGAAAAGCCACGGCAAGCACAUGCACGAUCCCAAGUCGGAAGAAGGCAUUGAGCUCUGGGAACACCCGCCCAACGGACAAGGCCUCGUCGCCCUCCUCGCCCUAGGCAUCAUCGAGCAGCUCGAGAAGAGCGGCACAAUCCCCAAAUUCGCGCACAAAGACCACAACUCCGCCGCCUACCUGCAUGUCGUCAUCGAAGCGCUGCGCAUCGCCUUCGCCGACGGCAACUGGUGGAUCGCCGACCCGAACGUCGUCAAAGUGCCCGUGAAAGAACUGCUCAGCCCCGCGUACCUCGCCGAGCGCGCCAAACUCUUCAACCCCGCCCAAGCCUCCGAUCCGCCGGAGCACGGCAGCCCGGCGCAAAACAGCAGCGACACGGUGUACUUCGCCGCCUCGGACGCCGAGGGCAACGGCAUCAGCUUCAUCAACAGCAACUUCGCCGGCUUCGGGACGGCAAUUGUGCCCAAAGGCUGUGGCUUCACGCUGCAGAACCGCGGCGCGAACUUCAUGCUGCAGCCGGCCAACCACCCCAAUAUUCUCGCGCCGGGCAAACGCCCGUACCACACCAUCAUCCCCGCUCUCGUGACGAAUGCCAGCGACCAGAGCCUGCACUCCGUCUACGGCGUCAUGGGCGGCUUCAUGCAGCCGCAGGGCCACGUGCAGGUGCUGCUCAACCAGCUCGUUUUCGGGCAGACGCCGCAAGCCGCCCUCGAUGCGCCGCGCGUGUGCAUUGGCGCCGGCAUGCCGGAUGAGGGCGAUGUGAUGGACAAAACGGUGUAUUUGGAAGAAGGCAUGAGCGAGGAGACGGUGAAGGGGUUGCGCAAAUUGGGGCAUCAGGUUGAGGUUGUGGGGGGGAUGGGACGGGCGUUGUUUGGUAGGGGGCAGGUUAUUCGAUGGCAUGUGGAUUCUAUUGAGAAGGCGGGGGUGUGGAGUGCUGGGAGUGAUCAGAGGGGUGAUGGGGCGGCGGUGCCGCAGUAGAGGGUACAGUCGAAGCUGAUCUAUAGACUCCGUCUCUCUUCUCGAGAAGAAUGCGAGACCUCUUGAAGUGCGUGCGCUCGUCCUCUUCCUCCGCGCCAUUCUUCCCGCGUCGAGACACGUUGCACUCCUCUCCGAAGCCGCAGGGAGGCAGAGAUGGGCAC